CUGAUAUAUUUUGCUUGAUUGAAAUCUGCAGGCUCCUUCACACUGCUCACGCUGGAGGCAUGAUGGCUUGUGCAUAAUGAGUCCAGACCUCACAUUUCCUUCUGUUACAAUGCAACAUUUCAACGGCCUGCUUGAGCCACAAUCGUUUAAUGAUUAUGAGGCAACGGAUAUCUUAAAAUCUAUUCCAUUUACAUGAUGGACGACUCUAUAGGGGACUGGAUUGCCACAUUGGUUCAGCGAUGUCUAUCGUUUUACCUAGAAGGGCCAGGCGACGCCGAUUUAGAAUUAGAGGAUGAUGGAAGUAACCUUCGUUUUACAAAUCCCAUCCCGAGAUCGGCUGUGAUCUAUCAGUACCUCAGUCCAAGAGAACGGCGCGUACAAACUCUGAAGUUGAUCGACGAGAAUACUCAGAUUGAAGCCAUCCUCUCGAGUGACUCGCUAGAUGCAUACAAUCUGGAGUCACCAGAUCGUCCACUCGAGUAUUAUAAUCCCACACAGUAUCGCAUUAAGUCGGAGCGUCAUGAGAUUGUCUUUGAGUAUUCAAUGUCCCGACCGAAAGUCCACCUUUUCAUCAAGAGAUUUUCCAUAGAAUGGGACCGAGGAAAGGUCACACCUUUUCAGGCGAGAAAACAACUGAAGAAGCGCGGUCAUAUCAAUACCCAGAUGAACAUGGUAUUUGGCAGAGUUAAACAGGCACAGCGCAGGCUAGACACGGCAGAUUCAGCAGGUAGUUCCGAGGGGUCUUUCGAGUCUCAAAACGACAAUGAUUUUAGGCAACAGUUUCCUGAGGAGGAUGACUCCGAGACUGGAAUAUCCCAAGAAGUUUUUAUGUCCCAAGUACCGUCUAGAGAUCGCUUAGCUGCUUCGAACCGUGUCCCAAACGUCGACCAUCGACCUAGCGUUACUGAGAAUGUGACGAUGAGUAAUGCGUUAACGGUUCUUGGAUCUCCAGAGGAUGCAAAACUUGGUAGCAAGGAUAUGCCGUGGUUGCGCUUGACAGAGCGGGAAAUAACCGAGCUAUGCGGUAAGCUGAAGCAGACUGCGGAGUGGCAUCCCAGUGAGGACUUGAUAAACAAAGAACUUGCUCUGCGUGGACGUGGAUUGGAGGCAUACAAGACUGCCAAGGCACGGGCGGACGCUAAAGGAGCGGAGUUUGUCGACUGUGAUGGUGUCGAGAACAGUUCAAUUGCAAGGGAACUUAACGUGAACAAUCGUAAUAAGGGCCAGGACGAGGCAAAUAAGCCAGAGAAACCGAGCCUUCCAAGGGAACACCAACUCAACGUUCUUACUAGAGAACAACCUACUCAGUGCAGUGCUUCUGCCAAGGAUCACCAAAGAGAAUUGCAACAUGCUUCAUCUGCCGAGAAGCCAGCUGGACAGCCAUCAAAAAACUAUUUCGAUAGACAAGACACUGACCCACGCAAAUCCCAAUCGAAAUCAGUCUCGACUGGGAAACAACAACUUGGUGAUAAUCAUCCAGGUUCCACUGAAACUAAGAGCGACCCAAAGCCGGCUAGUAACCGGACAUUCUCACCAACUCCUUCCGAAGUGGAAUUGCCUACGAGUAGGGUAGUUGAUAUUCGAAGUGCAAAGACUCACAAAGAUCCCCGAGAGAGUAAAAACAAUGCCGAACGAAAAUUAACAGUAACCCGUUUCGAAGAACCAAUCAAGGAAAGCGUGGAGACAGGAAACACGGACUCGCAUCCAACGGAGAAUACUUCGAAUGAGCCUGAUGUAAGAGGUUCGGACAGACAGUCAAAUUCUGACAAGCAAGAUCCUUGGAAUGGUCUGAAGAGACUUCGAAGUCGUGAUGUCAAGGUACCUAGGGAUCAGCAUAAAUUGCUAGAAGAUCAUCGUCAAUGGAUGCCUCCUUUGGCAGGAAAGUCAGACCCGCGAGGGCAUGUACCACCUGACCUACUGGCGCAAUGGAAUCGAAUUGUAUUGCUAAGGACUACUCGCGCAAAUGAAGGAGAGCAAGAAUUGAAAAGCUCGAGGCUACAGGCAUUCGAUAGUCGUGAUUCACCUUUCGGUGAUCCUGAUUCUGUACUCGAAACGGAUUCUGACGGGGGAAGUCAAUAUUCUUGGUCUCAAAGCCCACCCGAACGCCGUCCCGGUCACGAACUUCCAGCAAACGGUCAACUUCCAGCAGACAGCCCUGUGUCAGACAGGCGGAAAGCCAAAAAGUCCAGCUCGCCACGCCCAGGGGAAGGCGUCAGAGCUGAAGACAAGCUUCCUGAAGAUAUCGAUACGGACAUCCAUGCCAAUAAUGAACAGGACAAAUAUACAACAUCUGAACGGUCCGAAGCGCAUCAGGCACUCACACGGAACUCGAAGCAAGUUGAAAGUGAGCCAGCGAACGCAAGUGUUCCGGAGCCAACACCUGCGACUCUGACUCGAAAUCGCGAGGACGAUUCUGAUAAUGAAAGCGACGAAUCCGCUAUGGAUGCAGCGGUUCCAUGGCCACUAGGCGACAGCUCGCAAGCAGAAUUGCCGACCGAACGAACCGACCACGAACCUACUAGUUCGAGCCAAUUGCUCCCCCAACGAGACAGACAUGAACAUGUCCAAGUUGUGGAUACGCCUGCUGUAAACCUAACCCACCGAAAUUCUGAGAGACCAGCUAAGGAGAAUGCCACCAAUGUUCAGCAAGAGUCUUCCCCAGCAGCAAUAUCGUCAUCACAGUCACGGAUUUUCAAUACACAUGCUAGCCAUGCUCCAUCCAUGCGCAGUCCAUCUCAAGAUCUGCAUCUUUUGUCUCAGACGAACAAGGACAAUGAGAUCGACAUCAUGGGCACGCAAAUGAGUGGUGAGAACUGGCCAACGCAAUCGACUUCUAAUUCUCGUUCUGGGUUUGUCCCAAAUUCCUCUGGGCCAGAACGCAGAGAAUCUGUCGAUAUCGGGACCGAAACGGAGGGAAAUCCGGAGUUGCGGACCGAAGCUCGUACGCCCUUGGAUAAUGACCGACAAGCGGCCAAGAAUUGGACGGAGUUGCAGAAAUUAAUUGGUAGCGAAGCACUAGAGGUUUUGCAAACAGAGGACCGGAGCUAUCCGUAUACAGCCCAGCUGCGCAAACUUUUCAAAGACGACUUGAACGAAGGGAUUCGAAAGUUGAUACAAGCGGUAGUAACGAGGCUUCGGAAUGUGCGGUCAGGCAUGCUAGCAUUCCCCAGGAUUCAAUCCGAAGAUGCUUGGGAAGCGGAGAAGAUGUCGGGAGAAGAGACAUCGGACAGUGAGCUCGCAGAACUGGGGUUGAUGCGGGGCCCUGGAGGUCUGCCAGUGCGGAAGCAGGAUGUUGAGGAGAAUGGCCAGGAUGUGGAUGCGGAACCGGAGGAUUACGAGGACUGCAACGGCGGCAAUGUGGUUGAUAAUGGAGUCAGAGAGGAUGAUAGAGAGCCGCAGACCACUGAACCCGACGAGCAAAAAGUACCCCUGACGGCUCUGAUCCCAUCAGACGAUGGAGACCUUGGCACCACUGUCCCAAGCUCAGCGUGGGUCUCGUCUAUGGGUGGCGCAACGGAAGACGUCAAAGUGCCCAAUCUCAAGCGCUUUGCGUCUGUCUUUGAGACAGAGGAAGCUUCCCCAUCGAAGCGGCAGAGGACCGAACCCAUCGGAGGCCAGGACGCAGAAAGAAUCAGGAGAAGACAAAAAAAGGGCCCAACAUCCAACGUUAUGAGCCGUCGAGAAAGCUACAUCAACAGCACCGCAAACCGGGCUGAAGCCAUGCGAGCCUAUGAAAAGUUUCGAUCCGACUACCCGUUCUAUUCAGGGGAGUUCUUGCAUUUCAUUGAAUUGUGCUCGAUGCUGCAAUCUCUUCGAGAUAGAGGUUAUCUGAAAAGGUCGUUUCUGUGGGAUGAUUUUAUCAUCAUGCACCUAGAUCAAUACCCCACCUAUCUGCAAUUGUGUCGAGAGAUGGAUGCCAAAUCUGUAGAUUAUGAGGAAUACUUUUCGACGCAUUUCUCCAAGCCAACCUACAAGAAGCGAAGUCUCGAUGCCGAUGGAAUCGAGGUGUCAACAGCUCACUGGAUGGCCACCUGUCAGUCAAGAGCAGCAGCCAGUCCAUCUACCUCCCGUAGCCAAACAAAUGGCAUUCUUACGACCAGUUUUGUGAACAGAUUUUCGGCGUUCCAUGUGCAUUCUUCUUUCGGGCCAGGGACACAAGAUCAAACGGAUAUCGAAAGUGAUCAUUUAUCAACUACUGCGUCGUUCCCACCAACCCCCCUUAAGAAACCGCAACGCAAUGCGCCUACGUUUGCGCAGCGUCUAACAGUCGAUGAGCCGCAAUUGAGCGAGCAAAGUUCCCGCCAGCCCUCUCGUCAAUCUUCUCGCCAACCCUCUAUCGAUAGGGCCAAUAACCCCGAAGCCGCCGAUUUUGCUGAGCCGAACGCUCCAGAGCCGGCAAUCGAUGAAUUUGUUGCCGAAGACCCCAUAGAUUAUGACUCUGCGAUGGACGAACUCGAUGUUAGGAGACAGCUGCUGACGGAGAACGCCCAAGCGCUAUCUGCUGAGCAGACCACUACCGACGAGGUUAUGGCUGAGGGUGAUACAGUCGAAGAGCCCGCUGCAGGCAAACCCUCGGAGAUAAAAUCGAAUCUUGAGCUCUCACGUCCCGUAGUUACCCGCGGAAUCGAGGAUGAGCUUAGUAUACCUGAAAGCGAUCACGAAGACCAAGGCCAUGAUAAACAAGAGCAAGAGGUAUAUGAUGAAAUGGAAGAAACCCACUCUACCGCCAGCAUCGAGCUGGGUGACGAAGGACCAUUUACAAUUUCCCGGGAACCUCGCUCUGAAGCACGAGAGCCCGAGGUCGAGAGUGCCGAUGAAGGCUGGUUCGCGUCUCUUCGACAUAUUCGCCCACCGACAGGUCCCGUCUGGUCCGACGAUCCUAAUACUCCGUUCAAGUUGUGGGCGCGGACAGACCAAAACGUCAAGGUCGAGGUGUUGCGUCGUGGCGGCAGAUACCGCGAUGUAGACGAUAAAGGUAUCAUUCAGCGGUCUACUACGCUUCGUUCAAAUUCCUAACGAUUUCCCGUUUCCGUGGUCACAUUCGUGGAUCUCCCUUUUAUCUGCUAUCCCUUUAAUAACUCUGAUGCUUAUUCUUUAUGUGAUAUCCCAUAUGACGGUGUUUGUUUUGAUUGAUUCGUGCUGUACUAUACAAAUAACAUUUAUGCUCAAAUUAAGUGACAUGAAG